AUGAGCGUUUACGAUCACAGAACUUCGAGGGCAAAACGUCUGGCGAUCUCAAGGAGGGCUUUUUCUUCGGGAAGGUCUUUUCCUCAACACCAUCCUUACGUUCAAGAAGGCAGGCUGCACUGUGGCCAAAACGUCUACCCAAGCGAGCUGCGUGACCAGGAUCGCUUCAAGACAACGGUGACCCAAUACCACCAGGCAAUGACUGCUUUGGCGGAAGAUAUCACCCGCCUCCACUGCAUUUCUGGUGAUGAUGUUAGUUGUGGAGGGCUGAAGAUAUCCGGAUACUACACCCCAGGGACCUUCCAGCAGUAUGUCCUUAGCAAGGCGAACUAUGUCACGCCGAUUCCAGAAGACCUUGCUAGUGAGAUAGCUGCUCCGCUCUUGUGUGGCGGGGUGACGGUGUAUUCUGCUCUCAAGAAGUCAGGCGCUCAGCCAGGAGACUUUGUUGUGAUACCCGGAUGCUCGGGAGGAUUGGGACAUCUAGGUUUGCAGCUGGGAAGCCGUGUCUUUGGGUACAGAAUGAUUGGCAUUGAUUCGGGCGACAAGAAAGCCAUCGCAGAGGAGUGUGGCUGCGAAUUUUUCUUCGAUCUAGGAGCGUACAGCCGGGAUGAGGAGGGUACCGAGAAGCUCAUCGAGGACAUCAAGAAGACCAGCGACGGGCAGGGAGCAACGGCGGUUGUCCUCUGCACCGGCAGCAAAGCGGCAUAUGAUAUGUCGAUCAGGUUACUUCGAACCAAAGGGACCGUGGUUUGCGUGGGAGUUCCCAAUGGUGAUGUGACGCCUAUCGCAGGAGCGGAUCCGGGAACCUUGGUGGCGAAACAGCUCAAGAUUGUUGGCAGUGCUGUGGGCAACCGCCUCGAGGCAAUCGAGACCCUAAACUAUGCUGCAAGGAGGUUGAUCAAGACCAAAAUCACGGUUGAAAAUCUGCAGAGCCUGAACGAGGUGUUUCGGAAAAUCAAGGAUGGUCGGCUCCAAGGGCGAGCUGUGAUCUCUCUGACGGACUAG